CAACUCCGCCCCGCGAACACAUUUCCAUCUUAGCACCCCGGGUCGCAAUUGCACAAUCUAGCCAUCUGCCGUUCUUUGGCAUCAUGACAUCAGUCAUCCCAUAUGGGAGGUCCCGAAAAUUCUUCCGACCUCGGGAUCGCAGAUCAUGAAAGCAGGGACGCGGGGUUCGUGGGGACAUAAAUACUUGCUUUGCGUCGAUGUCGACAUAGAGUGUGUUCUUUGCCAUCCAUCAUGAAAAUCGCCGGACCCAUCGUGUUACCUGCGGCGGCAGUCCUAGCCAACCCGCUCCUUCCGCGCCAGAGCAAUGUGACGGACUACAAUUCUGCACCACCCAAUCUGACCUCGUUGGCGAACGCUUCCUUGUUUGAUACGUGGAGGCCUCGAGCUCACUUCCUGCCGGCAUAUGGGUCAAUUGGCGACCCUUGUAUGCACUAUACAGACCCUGCAACUGGAUUGUUCCAUGUUGGCUAUCUGCACCAAGGCGCCUCCGGAGCAACAACUUCCGACCUUGUCACAUACACCGACCUCAAUCCGAAUUCGGGACCCUUUAUCCGCGCUGGCGGAAUCAAUGAUCACGUUGCUGUGUUCGACGGAAGUGUCAUCGAAAAGGGUAUCAAUGGGACCCCAACCCUCCUGUAUACGAGCGUGAACUACCUUCCGAUUCAAUGGACCAUACGGUAUACCAAAGGAAGUGAAACACAGUCACUUGCUAUUGCAACCGAUGGUGGACGCAACUUCACAAAGCUGAAGCACGGACCAGUCAUCCCAAGCCCACCGUUUGCGUAUAAUGUGACAGGAUUCCGAGAUCCAUUCGUGUUCCAGAAUCCCAACUUCGAUCAGUUGCUCGAUAGCAGCAACGGCACCUGGUACACUAUCAUUUCUGGAGGAAUCCAUGGAGAAGGCCCGAGCCUGUUUCUGUACAGACAAUAUGAACAGGAUCCGUACUUUGAGAACUGGGAGUUUCUCGGUCAGUGGUGGAGCGAGGAGGCAAACUCGACCUGGACUGAAGCUGGAUGGGCCGGACGGUGGGGCUUUAACUUUGAGGUCGGGAACCUCUUCGCACUGGAUUCAAGUGGCUACAACGCCGAAGGUGAGAUCUUCGUCACGCUUGGUGCUGAGUGGUCAUACACGCCCAUAGUACCGCAAGUUUCCGACAACAGAGAGAUGCUUUGGGCUGCAGGAUCGCACAAGUUCGUCGACGGCACGCUGAAGUUUGUGCCCUCUAUGGCUGGCAGAUUGGAUGCAGGACGUUCCGCCUACGCAGCUGCUGGGAAGCAUUUGCCAGCUUCUUCUCAAGCAGGCCAAAACAGCGGCGCCCCGGAUCGCUUUAUAUCCUACCUCUGGUUGACAGGCAAUUUCUACGGCACGCUUGACUUCCCCACUACGCAGCAAAACUGGUCUGGUUCUCUUCUGCUGCCGAGGGAGCUCAGCGUGGGGUACAUGAAUGUUGUUGACAACGCACUGGCAUGGGAGAAGGGUUCUUGGAGGGUCGAGUCGCAAAACGACAACGGCACACUCACGCUUGCAACCCUUCGUCAGCAAAUCGCGAGAGAGCCCCUUGCAGCUUUUCAGCAGAACGCUACAAACACGACCACGCAAUCGGGAGGUAGCAUCUCCUCCAGCCAUAAAUUUGACGAAAGCCCACGAUCAAAGCACUAUAUGAUGACCGCAUCCAUCUCCUUCCCCUCUCGCACAAACGACGAUCUGAAAGCCGGCUUCUCUAUCCUUUCUGGAACCAAUGAGAAUACCAACAUCUACUACCAGUUCUCCAACGAAAGCCUAGUCAUCGACCGCUCGAACAGCUCAGCUGUUGCAGCCACCACUCCCGGUAUCAAUACGGACAAUGAGUCUGGAAAGUUCCGCUUGUUCGAUGUUCCAACCGCGAACGGGACUAACAUCGAGACCUUGGACCUCACCAUCGUCGUUGAUGGUGGCGUGGUGGAAGUCCACGCCAACAACCGCUUUGUGGUGAGUACGUGGGUGUGGAGCUGGUACGAAGACAGCACAGAUGUAGGAUUCUUCGUUGAGGGCGGCGAAGUCGAGUUCAGCGAGGUGAAGAUCUAUGAGGGUUUGGUUGAUGCGUGGCCGAGUAGAAACUCGACCUCUUGAGCCCUUGCCCACACUAAAAGCAAUACUAUCCAUUU